AUGGACCCAAAUUACCUAGUAUAUGGCAGGGAAACUCUGAAUACUGUGCCAGGACGGUGGUUUGGACGGCAGAAAGAAAAUUCGGCCACUGCUCAAACGGGGCAUUCAAAGGCUGAAAAGUCACAACCAAAGAGACGAAUUCGUCCCCAUAAUAAAUCUCGACGAGGGUGUUUGAACUGCAAGAUCCGGAGAGUAAAAGUAAGACUGGUCGCCGAAGUUCUCUUCAUUUCAUACCACAGACUAAACCUACCGAAGUGUCCCGAGAACCAUCCUGCUUGCGAGAAUUGCCAGGGAAAGGACUUGAUCUGUGUCUACCCGCCUGGGCUACGGAACGACGUUCAGUAUCUUGGAGAUCCAGCGCGGGAUGUUUCAAGUCAACAGGCAUAUCUGCAGCCCCGAAGAAAGGUUGCAGAUUUUACCAUUGCCGAUAUGUGCCUGCUGCAACACUUCAUCACCGAUGCUCAUCCGCACCUACCAGUUGGAAACGAACAUAUCUAUACGCGAGCGCUCCCGGCGCUCACAUAUAAACACGAAUAUGUGAUGCACGCCAUUCUUGGUCUGUCUUCAUCGCAUCUCGCUCUUCUAACCGGGUCCGCACUCCCUGUUGAGGCCUUGCGACAUCGCCAGCGGGCUCUUCGAGGACUGAAUGAAGCAAUGUCUCAAGCGCCAGGCGAGGCCACUGACGCCGACGCCAUGUUGGCAGCUUGCUAUAUAUUGACCUUUCAGUCCUCGUACAUGCCUGACGGCCUUUCUGAUUAUAUCAUGAUGCUGCGAGGCUGCGGCUUGGUGACCACAUUGAUGCUACAACAGAACUUGCACGGAUCUUUCUCGAUCGAUGCAAAUUCACAUAUAAAAUACAUGGAAGCACAAUUUGGCCGGUUCCCUACAAUCGAUAGUCGGAUUGCCUCGGAUGGUAUUCGCUCGCUAAGUCUUGUGAAACCUCUAUUAAAGCAUCCGGUCGAAGAAACGAUCUACCAGCUUUUAGUUGACGUUCUCGUUUCUAUUGAACAGUCGGCCUCCUGCGCGGCUUAUGUCCAUCUCACCAACAUCAUGAACGAGUUUAUCACCUUGCCUCAAUGCGAGGUGCGCCAUCUCCUCGAUCCCGAGAAUCAGAGCUCGCAGGUAUUGAUGGCUCAUUUCCUCAUCCUACUGGCCAUUCUGUCCCCGAUAACGUCAAUGGAAGCAACCAAUAGACUUUGCAAUGUUCCAAUGGUGGGAAUGUUGUCCUGGGUUGCAAAUAUCUGGACGCACAUGUCUGGAAAAAUGGCCGAACGAUACCUUAUGUGGCCGAAGAGCGUUGUAGAAACAAUCCGUGCUAACACUAGCCGGACGGGUGUAUUGGUGGAUGACGUUCUGGUUCUGAUUAUGAACUCGCCAGAUAAACUACUAUCACAACAUGGAAAAGCCCGAUAG